AACUAAUUAUCCAUUUAAUAACAAUGUUAUCACAUUCCUCCUAACCAACAGGCGGGACAAGAGUGUCAGUACAGAGACACACAACAAUUCAUCCUCUCCAACACUAGCAGAGAAGAGAGAAUUUCAUAGCUAAACAAGCUCAGAACUUCAACAAUGGCGGUUUCUUCAUCUUCCAUGAACACCGCCUUUGCUUCUCCUCAAUCCGAAUUCAUGUCUCUACUCAAACAACGCUUCAGUUCAUUUCAUCCAUGGCGUCCUCACCUCGCAGCUAACCCCAAACUUCCCGCCAUUUUUACGCCUAAAUCGAGAAGUAUGACGGUUAGGGUUAAUGCUGGUUACAAGAAGAGGCCGAUGGAUGCACCGGGGGCGUACGAGUUGAUUGAUGAGGAGAGUGGUCAGAAAGUGAUUCUUUGGGGUGGAGUUGAUGAUGUUGAACCUUCAAUUCCUAGUAAGAAAGUACUUUCCUGGACUCCUAGUAAGGAUAAGAAGAAAUCUUCGAAUGCUCGGGAAAUUGUUGAAGGCAGUGAACCUUCGUCUGCUGUUCAGAAAAAUGUUAUGUCAUCUCCAACUACUCUAAGAUUGUCUAAGGGUAUUGGAAGGUUGAAAGCUGUCAAAAUCAAAAGCAUUGUAAGAAGGACUUCAAGAGAAAAGGAGAAAACUAACGAUUAUAGAUAUGAAGAGCCAGAUUUGGAUGAACUAGAUAAUGAUGAUGAUCCAAUUGUAUCGUCGGAUCCUCAAGGUGUCUGGAUCAGAAAGAAAAAUAUUUCUGCUAAGAGUGGCAUUGAGCAGCUCAUGGAAAAUAAAUUGUCAAGGAAACCUGUUGAGCGAAAGGAUAACUUGACUGAUGCUGGCUCAUAUGUUUCUGCUACUCAUUCAAGAGGAUGGAAUGAUAGAGAACCAAGACGUGCUUAUAGGGGUGAAUCAAGAGACUUGACACCUACACGUAAAUAUAAUGCUGGGAGUGACUUUUUCAGUCGAAAAUCAUUUAGAGAAUCGGGUUGUGGUGAUGAAAUGAUUGAGGCUCUGAGGGUACAGGAUUUUGUUCGCCCUUCAAACAUUCAGGCAAUGGCAUAUUCUCCUGUGGUAGAGGGGAAGAGCUGCAUUAUAGCUGAUCAAAGUGGAUCAGGGAAAACAUUGGCAUACCUGGCUCCAGUUAUUCAGCGUCUUAGACAAGAAGAGAUUGAAGGAAUUAGUAAAUCGGCAGCAAAAAGUCCUCGAGCUGUAAUAUUAGUCCCAACUGCCGAGCUAGCUUCCCAGGUUCUGCUGAAUUGUCGAUCCAUCUCAAAACAUGGUGUUCCCUUCCGGUCUAUGGUUGCAACAGGAGGCUUUCGACAGCGAACUCAGUUGCAGACUCUUGAACAGGAUUUGGACGUGCUUAUUGCCACACCGGGACGUUUCAUGUACUUAAUCAAAGAAGGGUUUUUACAUUUGACAAACCUUAGAUGUGCUGUGUUGGAUGAAGUGGAUAUACUCUAUAGUGAUGAAGAUUUUGAACAAGCUUUGCAUAGUCUAAUAAACACAGCACCAGUUACUACGCAGUACCUCUUCGUGACUGCCACAUUACCUGUGGAAAUUUACAACAAAUUAGUUGAGACCUUCCCAGAUAGUGAGGUGAUCAUGGGUCCUGGAAUGCAUCGGACGAGCUCCGGUCUUGAAGAGGUUCUUGUAGAUUGUAGUGGGAAUGAAGGGUCAGAAAAGACCCCAGAAACAGCGUUUGCCAAUAAGAAGUCUGCCCUCUUGAAGCUUGCAGAGGAGAUUCGAGUUUCUAGGACUAUUAUAUUCUGUAAUAAGAUUGAGACAUGUCGAAAGGUUGAGAAUGCCCUGAGACGUCUUGAUAGAAACGAAAAUCAGAUACGAGUUUUACCAUUUCAUGCUGCUUUGGAACAAGAAACAAGGCUCACGAAUAUGAAGGAGUUCCUUAAUUCGAAUACAGAAAACCGCUCUCUGUUUCUAAUUUGCACUGACAGGGCUUCACGGGGAAUUGAUUUUCCUAGCGUGGAUCACGUUGUACUGUUUGACUUCCCUCGCGAUCCUAGUGAAUAUGUACGUCGUGUUGGCAGAACAGCAAGAGGUGCAGGAGGUAUAGGCAAGGCGUUUGUGUUUGUUGUUGGUAAGCAAGUUUCUCUGGCGAGGAGGAUCAUCGAAAGAAAUUUAAAGGGUCAUCCUUUACAUGAAGUGCCUUCUGCUUAUGAAUUAGUACGGUGAUAAGGCCUGGACAGACCUGCAGUCGUGAUUAGUUGUAAGGGGUCAGGUUACUUGUGUAAUUUUUAACCUGACUCCAACAUUUUUGAGUUGUAAAAUAAAUUAUACGAGUAGUUAUCAUGGCUAAUCAUUUAAUUGUUAACGAGUUAUAGUUGCUAUUAGUAGGAGUCAAAUUAAAGUAUGAUCUGGUAAAAUGUAUUGAAGUUUUUUUUAGUUGUGCAUGUUGAUAAAUGUAAGAUAUGCUAAAAUAUAGUCUGUCAGUAUGAUAUUUUACUGAUUUAUGGAAGGUA